AUGGUUACAGACAUAUACAACCCUGGUGAUAAAAUAGAAAAUGAAUUUUUAAAAGAAAAAAUACGUGGAAAAAUAAAUGAAAUGCUAAAAUGGAAAAGGAAAGGAUUUCCUGGAAGUAAUCCUGUAUCAUUAACUAAACAUAACAUCAAAAAUUUAUUUAAUAAAGAUUAUUUAAUAUGUGAAAAAACAGAUGGAGUUAGAUAUUUUUUAUUUAUUGUUUCAAAUACAACAUUUCUAAUUGAUAGAAAUUAUGAUAUAUUCAAAAAUGAUAUGCAUAUACCUACUAUAGAUGAUUUAGAAAUAAAACAACAACUAACUUUAUUGGAUGGGGAAUUAGUAGAAGAUAUUAUAUAUAAUGAUAAAAAAGGAAUUGAGGAAAAAAAAAUUGUUUAUUUAAUAUAUGACGGUUUAUUUAUACAAAGAAAAGAUAUCACAAAUUUAUCAUAUUUAGAAAGAUUAACUAAUGUAUAUAAUUAUGUUAUAACACCUUUGAAAAUGUAUAAAAAUAAAAAAAGAGGAAAAAAAAAUGGCCAACUAUAUAAUAUUAAUAAUAAAAAAAAUAUAAAGGAAGCUGAAAAUGAUAAUUUGAGAAAACGAAAAUAUACUACUGAAGAUAUUCAAACUAAUAAAAACACUUUCGAUAAUAAUUUAAAGAAUUUUUCCAGUGAAGAUAAUGAAAAAAACAAACAUGAAAAUCAAAAAGAACUCGCAAUAACUGACGAAAAUAAAAUAUGUGACGAAAAAGGCGAACAUACAGAAUUGACAAAUGAUGAAGAUAGCGACGUGGAAAAUGAAAAUACAGAAAACGAACCAUUCAAUAUAUAUUUAAAAGAUUUUUAUUCAAUAUCACAAAUAUCAGAGCUAUUAAAAAUUAUGAAAAAAUUACCACACACAACAGAUGGUAUUAUAUUUACGCCAUUAAAUUAUCCAUAUGUUACUGGGAAUUUUUAUCAAUUAUUAAAAUGGAAACCAUUAAAUUUAAAUACGGUUGAUUUUGGUAUUGAAACUAUUUAUAAUAAUGAAAAUAUUCCAAUUAAAUUUGAAUUAUUUAUAGCAAUAAAUGGAAUUAGAGCAUCAUAUAAAUGCUAUUUAGCUGAAUAUGGUGAUGUAUAUAAACAAUUAUUGCAAAUGGCUAUAAAUAAUAAAAUUUCUCAUUAUAUUGUUGAAUGUUAUUAUGUUUCUAAAAAUAUUUAUUCGAUUUGUAAAAAUGAUGAUUUAACAGAAAAAAAAAUUGAAGGGGGAUGGAUUGCUCAAAAAAUUCGAUACGAUAAAAAUAUUCCAAAUGAUAUUAUGACACUUAAUAAAGUUAUGCAUAGUAUUCUUGACAAUAUAACUAUUGACACUCUGAUAAAAGAAGUUGCAACAAAUUCAAGAGGCUCUGCAUAG